CGCUCCAGUGUCCAUUGUCAACGUACGCUGUCCCUCCCAAAGCGAGGGGCUCUGCCCUAGAAGAUCGAUCGAGUGAUGGACCAGUGUCGUUGGUAAUCCCGUCCAAUGCCUAACUUCAGAGCACAGUAGUGUGGACGAUCGUUUCGUCGGGAAGACAGUGCAUUGUAGACUUGUAGUUCAUCGCUCCACAUACUCAACCAUGAAACUGAGCGUAGCCAACUCGAUCGUACAACUGCUGGUCAAAUCUGGACGGAAAUCCGGCGGCAAUGCUCGAUCGCGCCGGGCCGUCGAAAUGAAGGGAAUCGAGAUCAAGGCGGCGGCGAACGUAUUGCCGCCGCCGAGAAUCCUCGCCGCCCUCGCCUUGGCAGCAUGGACCUUCUUCCUCUACGUGCAUUUCUCCAUGAUCAGCGGCACGGUGGAGGUGAACAACGUGGAAGGCCUCGCCGACCCGUGCCGGGGACGGUACAUCUACAUGCACGACCUGCCGCCGCGUUUCAACGCCGACAUCAUCCGCAACGACUGUCGCAACACUGAGGGCCACUGGGGCGACAUCUGCGCCUCCCUGAGCAACGGCGGCCUCGGCCGUCCGCUCGCCGACGACGGCGGUGUCAUCACGGGCGGCGCCGGGUGGUACAGCACGCACCAGUUCGCGCUGGACAUCAUCUUCCACAACCGGAUGAAGCAGUACGAGUGCCUGACCAACCACCCCGCCGUGGCGUCCGCCGUGUUCGUCCCGUUCUACGCCGGCUUCGACUUCGCCCGCUACCACUGGGGCUACGACAACGCCACCAGGGACGCCGCGUCGGUGGACCUGACAAGGUGGCUCAUGGCACGGCCACAGUGGCAGCGCAUGGGCGGGCGCGACCACUUCCUCGUCGCCGGGCGAACUGGGUGGGACUUCCGGAGGAUCAGCAACCUCGGCGCGGACUGGGGCAACGACCUCCUCGUCAUUCCGGGAGCCCGGAACAUGUCCGUCCUCGUGCUGGAGUCCACGCUGAAACGCGGCACCGACUUCUCCGUGCCGUACCCGACCUACUUCCACCCCAGGUCGGACGCCGACGUGCUCCGGUGGCAGGACCGGGUGCGCCGCCGGCGCCGGACGUGGCUCAUGGCGUUCGUGGGCGCGCCGCGGCCGGACGUUCAGAUGAGCAUCCGGGUCCGGGAUCACGUCAUCGCGCAGUGCAAGGCGUCCGGCGCCUGCGCCAUGCUGAGCUGCGCGCGCACACCCAGCAGCACGCAGUGCCACACCCCCGCCAACAUCAUGCGGCUGUUCCAGAAGGCCGUCUUCUGCCUGCAGCCGCCGGGCGACUCCCCCACGCGACGGUCGGUGUUCGACUCGAUGGUGGCCGGCUGCAUUCCGGUGUUCUUCCACACGGGGUCGGCGUACAAGCAGUACCCGUGGCAUCUCCCCAAGGACGACCACCUCAAGUACUCCGUGUACAUCCCGACCGCGGACGUGAGGCGGCGCAACGUGAGCAUCGAGGCCGUGCUCCGGGCGAUCCCUCCGGCCACGGUGGUGCGGAUGCAACAGGAGGUGAUCAGGCUCAUCCCGAGUUUGUUGUACGCUGACCCCAGGUCCAAGCUGGAGACUGUCAAGGAUGCGGUUGACGUCGCCGUCGAUGGGAUCCUCGACACGGUGGCGCGGAUCAAGAACGGCGAGGAUGUCAACUGUGGCGGUCCAGUUGACAAGGAUCCGCCGAACCUUUUCGCCUCGACGGCAUCAAGGUUCUUUUCUGGAGGGAUAUGGCAAGCAGCUCGCUAUGUUUCAUUGUGGCAGUCAGGCAUCUGAGUAAGCUGAUCAUAUGUGUCUGAAAAGUCAUACAACGUUGUUCGCUGAUUUAUUGUAAGAUAAAAAAACUACUAAGUAGUUGAUAGAUAAGCUUAAGCAAAUAGACUAAUAUUCGAAUUUCGAAGAGUAAAAUUUGGUUGCGGUCAUUGAACUUGGUAAAGCGUAAUCAUGCAAAAGGUUUACGCGUGCUUGUAUUAAGUUAGAGAAAAAAAUUUGAUACAAUACGUCUUCUAACGUCUUGGGGCGCCAUUAAAUAUUUACAUAGAAGCUCAUACCCUGUCUAAUA